GCUACAAAACGAUACAACCCGAUUACACACUGCUGUCACUUUCAGAAUGACAAACACCCCCCCCCCCAUAUCUCAUCACAGCACUGAGCACACAGUAAGCAAACGAAUUUUCCAGUGUGGUAUGAAGAUCACUGGGAGGGGUUAGAGGGAGGGCUAGAAACAAUCUUUAAUUGGCUAAGAAAAUUUUGCAACUGCUGUAAAGGUCAAUGAAGGAGUUGCCUGAAAAAAAAAAUAAUGUACAAGACACUGGAGCAUGCGCAGUGCAAGGAUGCCAUGUUGGACUCAAGCUGUAGAAUACAGGCACUGAUCGCCUUCACACUCAGCCAGGGGGACUUGCAAUUUGUACGCUGCCAAAAAAACUUCAGCCAGGAAUGAUUUACACUAUGAUAAAAUAGAGUAAGAAAAAAAAAGAAAUAUUUGAUUUAAAAUAAUGGACACCGGGAUGCCGUCCAUUCCUAGUGACCAAGAGAAAGCCAGUCUGCCGAUGGAACGGUCCAACAGUCCAACCAAUGGGAGUACGGAACGUUUUGGAUCUGAUGAUGGUUCUAGUAUUGAAGAAACAGAUUUUAAUUGGGACGAAUAUCUUGAAGAAUCUGCAUCCAUAGCUGCUCCUCAUUCAUCUUUUAAGCAUGUUGAGGUGAGUCUGCAGAGUAGUUUCCAACCUGGGAUGAAGCUGGAAGUUGCCAAUAAAAAUAAUCCAGAUACCUACUGGGUGGCUACAAUUAUCACCACAUGUGGACAGUUGCUACUAUUGCGCUAUUGUGGUUAUGGAGAUGAUCGCAAGGCAGACUUUUGGUGUGACGUCAUGACUGCAGAUCUCCAUCCUGUGGGCUGGUGCGCACAAAACAACAAGGUCCUUAUGCCUCCAGAUGCGGCUUUAGGGGCCAUUGUGUUCCAGCGGCAGAAGCACUUCCAUGUUUCAGCAACUGAUAUUAAAGAUAAAUGUACGGAUUGGACAGAAUUCCUUAUCAACGAUUUAACCGGCUCCAGGACUGCACCAGCCAAACUCCUCGAAGGUCCUCUUCGUGGGAAAACCCCUGUGGAUCUUAUUACAGUAGAUUCGCUGAUAGAACUACAGGAUGCCCAGAAUCCUUUUCAGUACUGGAUAGUCAGCGUAAUAGAAAACAUUGGAGGAAGAUUACGCCUGCGCUACGUUGGUUUAGAGGAUUCAGAGUCCUGUGAUCAGUGGUUAUUUUACUUGGAUUGUAGACUUCGACCAGUUGGCUGGGGACAAGAGAAUCAGUGCAGAAUGGACCCUCCUUUAGAUAUUUGUCCAUUAAAGAGUAUGUCCGAAUGGAAAUGUGCUCUGGAGAAGGCGUUGAAAGACUCUGAGCGUUGUCCUCUUCCAGUAGAAGUAUUUAAGGAUCACACUGAUUUAAGAUCCCAUUCGUUCACUCUUGGUAUGAAGGUGGAAGCAGUGGACCCAGCGGAACCUUCUGAUAUCCGUCCCGCUACGGUAACCAAGGUCUAUAACAAUCUCUAUUUCCAAGUGACUAUUGAUGAUCUGAGGCCGGAUGCCAAAGAAGUGUCUGCACUUUGCCAUGCAGAUUCCUUAGGGCUUUUACCCAUUCAGUGGUGCUUGAUUCAGGGUGUUAAUCUCAGUCCACCCAAAGGUUACUUAGGACAAGACUUUGAUUGGGCAGAUUAUCAGAAGCAAUGCGGAGCAGAGGCGGCUCCUCAUACAUGCUUCAGAAAUACUGCAAAGUCUCGAGGUUUUACAAAGAAUAUGAAGCUUGAAGCGGUCAACCCAAACAACCCUGCAGAAAUAUGCGUGGCCUCUAUUACAAAAGUGAAAGGAAGAUUAUUAUGGUUUCAUCUUGAAGGGUCUCAGAAAUCCAUUCCAGAAUACAUUGUUGAUGUGGAAUCUAUGAAUAUUUUCCCUGUGGGCUGGUGCGAAGCAAAUUCAUAUCCACUCAGCACACCACAAAAGGCAGUUGCAGUGAAAAAGAAGAGGAAAAUUGCAGUUGUUCAACCUGAGAAACAGUUUCCCUCCUCAGUGCCUGUGGAGAAAAUACCUCAUGACCCCAGCCCAUUCCCUCAACCAGAAAGCUUCUCUACAGGAGCCACCAAUGGGAAAUACUGCUGCCCCCAGGUUUUCAUCAAUCACCGCUGCUUUUCAGGACCUUAUUUAAAUAAAGGGAGAAUCGCAGAACUACCUCAAACCGUAGGGCCGGGCAAAUGUGUACUGGUUCUAAAAGAGGUCCUCAGUAUGAUAAUUAAUGCUGCCUACAAACCUGGAAGAGUCCUACGAGAAUUGCAAUUAGUGGAAGAUACAUUGUGGAAUUUUCAGGAAGAGACGCUAAAAGCCAAAUACAAAGGAAAAACGUAUAGAUCAACAGUAAAGAUUGUGCGAACAUCUGAUCAAGUUGCAGAUUUCUGCAGAAGGGUCUGCACUAAAUUGGAAUGCUGUCCAAAUUUGUUUAGUCCGAUGCUGAUCACUGGAAUAUGCCCAGAAAAUUGUGCCGUUCACACAAAGACCAAAUACACUUACUAUUAUGGCAAGAGGAAAAAGAUUACUAAGCCUCAUGUAGGGGAACAGGAUGGUGACAGCUCCAAGCCAGUAAGGCGCAGGAAGAAAAGGAAAGCUCUGUUUGUGCAGAAGAAAAGACGGACUUCUACAGUGAAUGUCUCACCAGUGGUUUCAGCAGAGGAAAGUACAGAAGAUGAUGAAUCAGAAAGUGAAGUGACUAGCUGUGAGCUCCGGGAUGACCAUACUGACACCUCCUCCCCCGAGGUGCCUUCCGCACGCCCCCGAAGAGCAGUGACACUCCGAAGAAGCACUGAAUCAAGCAAACCUCCUCGAAUCGAGAGGCCACUGAGACAACGAAAAGCACGGACGCUCUCCAACACUGACACAGAGAAAUCUUGCAAAAAUGAUACGGAGCAGGAAGCAGAUGAUCUCCUUGUUUUAGAGAGCAAUCCUUUAGAGUGGUCAGUUACAGAUGUGGUCAAGUUUAUUAAAUCUACAGACUGUGCACCUCUAGCAAAGAUAUUUCAAGAGCAGGACAUUGAUGGACAAGCGCUCUUGCUGUUGACACUUCCCACGGUACAGGAAUGCAUGGAUCUGAAGCUGGGUCCGGCUAUCAAACUUUGCCAUCAAAUUGAGAGAGUAAAACUUGCAUUCUGCACGCAAUAUGCAAACUAAUCCUAUUAUUUUGUUUGUACCUACCAUUAUUCAUUGUAAAAAAGGAAAGAGGCAUGUUUUAAUAAGUUAUUUAUAUAAACAAUACAAAAACACUGGUCUUGAUUCAUAAAAUUAUGGAAAUGGUGUAGAAUUUCUAUAUGUGCAAAGUAGUUUUUUUUUGUUGUAAGCCAGAAAGCUAUGCUAAAUUAUAGCGCUGAAUUUCCAUUAGAGGGACUAACAUAAAAUACAUUUAAUUUUUUUCCAUUGGGAAUUGGCUUAAUGUUUAACUGACUAUUCACAUAUUUUAGAAUGUAUAGUCAUUAAAGGGAUACUAAACCCAAAUUUAUUAUUUCAUGAUUCAGAUAGAGCAUGCAAUUUUAAGCAUGUUCUAAUGUACUCCUAUUAUCAAUUUUUCUUCGUUGU